AUGGCAUCCACAUCGCUGACCAGUAUCAACCACUUCCUUACAUUUCUUUCCGAUAAUCUCUCGAGUGCUCCUAUAUUGAUCGUCGUCAGUACCAAAUCAACUCUAGUCGUGCACCGCUUCGCGUAUGACAAGAGACGCAAGUUCCUGCCGCCUGGUCCUAAGGGAUACCCACUUAUAGGAAACUUGCUCGCUUUCUCUGAUGCUGAUAAAAUCCCACAAAUUGUUUCAAAAUGGGCAAAAGAAUACGGGCCUAUCAUGUAUCUCCGUAUGGGUGCAUCGGACUGGAUCUACAUCAAUAGUCCGGUGGUUGCCAAGGAAUUGAUGGACAAGCGAGGGUCCAAGUAUUCAGACCGUGCCCGGAUGCCCAUGGCCUUCGAAGCGACAUCGAACCGGAACCGAAUCAUCUUCAUGCCUUACGGCGACGUCUGGCGGCGGCUGCGUUCUAUCAGCCAGGCAGCCCUCAGCAUCACCACCUCUGCGACGUACAAGCCUAUUCAGGACAUGGAGUCAAAACAGGUGCUGUACGAAUUGCUGCAUGCCGAGAAUGAUGAGGCUUUCUUCGACAUCAACAGACGUUACUCUACUAGCGCAAUUAUGACCGCUACUUAUGGCCACCGCGUUGCCGACUGGAGUGACCCCGUCAUUUCACGAAUCUACAAGGUUUUGGAGCACUUCAGCCAGAUGGCAGAGCCCGGGGCGUGGCUUGUUGACGCAUUCCCCGUGCUGGCCAAGCUCCCAUCAAGGAUGGUGCAAGACUGGUGGAGGAUUGGGCGGGGGUGGUUCGAGUUCGACCGCAAGGUGUACUUGGACUUGUACCUUGACCUUGUCGCCAAAGUCAAGAAUGGAACCGCGCCGGACUGUUUUAUUCGUGAUGUCUACGAGCGCAUCCAGCAAAGUCCUGAGAAGCACGCGAUCAGUGAUGAGCUGGCGGCGUACGCAGCCGGGUCACUCGUCGAGGCGGGCAGCGAGUCGACGUCGACUGUCAUCAACGCAUGGGUAAUGGCCUGCCAGCUUUUCCCAGAUGUUGCGAGAUGCGCGCAGGAAGAGCUGGACCGCGUCGUGGGUCCGGAUAGGAUGCCCAACUUUGACGACGAGGAUAAGCUGCCGUACAUAAGGGCCAUGGUCAAGGAAACACUACGGUGGUGGCCAAUCACUAAACCUGGCAUGCCCCACAGUGUCACCGAGGAUGACUGGUAUGAGGGCUACUUCAUCCCGAAGGGAAGCGCUGUUGUCAUCAACUGGUGGGCAAUACAUUAUGACGAGGCAAGGUGGGAUAAUGCACAUGUCUACGACCCUAGCCGCUAUCUCUCGGAUCCACACACAACAGCUGAGUGCGUCAACCUGGCCGACGCCAACCAGCGCGAUCACUAUGCAUACGGCUCCGGCCGGCGCAUAUGCACAGGACUUCACCUGGCCCAGAAUUCACUUUUCAUCAAUAUGGCACGGACUCUGUGGGCUUUUAAUAUCAAAAAAGCAAAGGGACCCAAUGGUGAGGAGGUAGAACCCGUGGUCAAGUCUCAACCAGGGUUCAUCCAUACUCCAGUCAAAUUCAAAGCCAUCUUGGAGCCGAGAAGCGAGAGACAUGCCGAGAUUGUCGAAAGCGAAUGGUUGACAGCCAAGGAAGCUGGGGUGAAGUGGUCGAGGAAGAAGACAUUCCAAACUGCGCGAUGA